CGAGGAACCAAGAGUCGAAAAAAAAACCACGAGUGCCGUCGCCCGUCAGUUGGCAUCAGUUUCGCCGGAGAGGUCUCGGAAGUGCGGGUUAUGUUUUCGUGAGAGGCUUUUCGGGAAAGUUUUCUUUUGAUUGUUAAUAAAGAUAAUCGUGUAAAUAUGGAUACCGAUAAGAGUACUAUGCUCGCUGUUCUGCAGCUUUUGAAGAAGCACAAUUUCAAGGGAACCGAGGAAUUGUUUAGAAAGGAAGCAAAUCUCACGGACGUCUCGUUGGAUGACGCUCAGCAAUCUGAUUCCGAUGUGACCAGCGUCCUUUCCGCUUACAAAAGCGAGGGAGACCCUGCGCAGUAUGAAAAGGCGUAUAGCGAAUUGAAGAAGUUUGUAGAAGGAGCUUUGGACAUUUAUAAGCAUGAGUUGGGAACGAUAUUGUAUCCGGUUUUGGUGCACAUGUAUUUGGAACUGGUUUACAAUAAUCAUUCCAAAGAAGCGAAGCAGCUCAUGGAGAAGUUCAGUGGGAACAUAGAAGAGUAUUACCAGGAUGAUUUGAAGAGAUUGUCCAACGUAACGAAACGUGAGCAGAUGGCAGGGAACGAAUUGACUGACACUUUUAAAUCCAAUCAGUUUAUAAUUAGAAUGUCGCGGGACACCCUUUCGAUACUGAAACGGCAUCUGCAAGAGAAGAAACAUAGCGUUCUGCUGAACAUCAUACAGGAGCAUCUUUACUUCGAUAUGUACGAGGGCGUGGCCCGCAACAAACAGCAGAUAGAAGCAACGUCUGGCGCAACGGUGGGAGAGGCCACCAGGCAAGAUAACAAGGCGAAGGUCUAUUACGGACUUCUGAAGGAACCUGAUAUUCAGUGCGUAGCGCCAGUCGAAGAAGAGAAGGACGACACGGGUGGUGACAACGACGGGGACAAGCCGAAGAAGAAAAAAGCGAAGAAGGACCCGCUGUUUUCGAAGAAGACCAAGUCUGACCCGAACGCGCCGCCAAUGGGCAGAAUGCCCUUGCCUAAUCUAAAAGACGUAGAUAAACAGGAAAAAAUUAAGGCACUGAGGGAGGCGUCAAAGAGAAUUCUUCUGGGACCCGACACGUUACCGUCCAUAUGUUUUUAUACAUUGUUGAACACUACUUAUACUGUAACGGCGACGGAAAUAGCGGAAGACUCGAGCCUAUUAGCCACCGGAUUCAGCGAUUCCGGCAUAAAGGUAUGGAGUCUAGUCCCACAAAAACUGAGGCUGAUGAAAACGGGCGAGCAAUUACAGGAAGUCAAUAGAGAGUCAGGGGACGUAUUGGCCAGAAUGAUGGACGAUCGAACGUCUGAAACUGCGAAGCAUCUCUACGGCCACAGUGGACCAAUUUACAGCCUUUCGUUUAGUCCAGAUAGAAAUCUGCUGCUUUCGUCAUCCGAGGAUACUACAAUAAGACUAUGGUCGUUGCACACAUGGACCUGCGUCGUCUGCUACAAGGGUCACCUAUUUCCCGUGUGGUGCGUGAAAUUCUCACCGCACGGUUAUUACUUCGCGAGCGCGUCAAGUGACAAAACCGCGAGAUUGUGGGCGACCGACUCUCAUCAACCGCUACGAAUGUUCGCCGGCCAUUACUCGGAUGUUGAUGUAAUUCAGUUCCAUCCAAAUUCGAAUUACGUUGCGAGCGGCUCAAGCGACAUGACCGUGAGAUUGUGGGAUUGCGUGGGUGGCAGUCAAGUCCGAUUGAUGACUGGGCACAAAGGGCCGAUUUUCUCCCUAGCUUUCUCAACAGAGGGACGAUUCUUAGCUUCGGCCGGCGCGGACCACCGUGUGCUCAUGUGGGAUUUAGCACACGGCCAUCUUGUCGCAGCUCUGUCCGGCCACACGGCUAACAUUCACUGUCUGUCGUUCAGUCGAGACGGCAACAUUCUAGUCUCAGGUUCGUUAGAUUGCACGCUGAAAUUAUGGGACUUCACAAAAUUGGCGGAGGAGAUGAGCUUGGAGGACGUCAACGUUUCCCAUAAUCCAGAUGUAAAAACUAACUCGGAGUCUUAUCUACUACGUACCUUUGCGACCAAAAGUUCAUCUGUCCUGGCGCUGCAUUUUUCACGCAGGAAUCUACUGCUGGGUGUCGGCAUGUUCGACUCGGGAUAGUCCAUCCUUGAAGAUUUGUUUUACAUAUAACUUAAUCUAUAUUUAUAUAUACAUAUAAAUAAAAUAGAUCGAAUAAUUAAAAUGUAUCGAAAGUUAUC